UGAAAUGUAAGAGGAUCUAAUUCAUAGAAUAAAGUAAAUUUUCAAAAGAAUGAAAUUUUAAGUUUAUUGAAGGAGAUAUAUUUUAAAUCAAUGAUUAUAUCGGAAUUGACGUGUUCAGUCGAGCGACAUACAUCCUGAACUUUGAACCUUAACAAAUCCAGAACAUGUUGACUGUCGUUGAGUUGAACCUGUGAGACAGUGAUACUCCAAAGCUAAGACCAUGAGUACAAGCAGCGAUUUAAUCACCGGAAUAAUUAAAUUUGGAGGCCAGACCAAUGGAAGGGACAAGUUUUUCAGGUUGGUUCAAUACUCAGUCAAAUUGAUAUGGUGGAACCUAAAGAAUAAGAAUGAUUUGGUGGAGAAACUCAAGAAACUUGAGUCGUCUAUGAGUAUGACUCGGAAAUUACUCCGAAUGGGGAAGAGCCUGGACUUUAUUCAGGCAGCUCUGAAGUCGCUUCAUAUUAAAGACGACAUUAUCAGAUGGACUGUAACCCUGUCAAAAAUUAGCCAAUCAAUGUUCCUGCUGUUCGAUCACAUUAUCUACUUCCAUAAUCUUGGGAUCAUAAAGACAGACAAGGCGAAGUGGUCCAAGAUUUCUGCCCAAUUCUGGUUCUUCAGUCUAGCGUUGAAUUUAACCCGUAACUUUUACGAUAUCGCAAAUCUGGUUAAAUUAGAAAUGAGCAAGCAGCAGAAGAGAGGGAACGAAAUUCAGUACAGCAAUGGAGAAACAACAGCUACAUACAAUGGAAGAAGGACUCCGAAUGCUGGGGCUUUGUCAGUGGUGGUACAAUGUGUCUGUGAUAACAAACCGGUGUUUUUGGACUUGGUGAAAAAUGUUUCGGACUUAGUUUUGCCAUUGAAUACGCUCGGAAAAGUGAAUGCAAGUACCGGUGUCCAGGGAUUCCUCGGAAUCAUUUCUUCGAUGAUUGGAGUUGCUACAGUGUGGAAUCCAACACUAAAGCUUGUGCCUUAAUUGGAAACUUGAUGCAGAGCCUUUGGUUUGAAAUUAAUUUUUUUAUAUUGUUCAGCAUCCAAUAACUAAAGAUUUGUUGGGGACAGCCAAAAACACUUGUAUUUUUUUUUUCAAUUUUCAUUAUAUUUUUAAUAGAGGUCAUGCAUGCUCACAAUCCUGUCAGUGUAUUUCCAGGGUUAAAAAUUUCUUUUUCCAAAAUGCACACUUAGUAAUAUAAUCAUCAAAGUAAACUGAAUUGAAUUUUUUUUUUUUUUACAACAAUUGACAAAUAAGUUCUACGACAAAUAUUAAUAUCUCUCAUUGGCACAAUUGUUAGCAUGAGGAGAUUAUUAUAAUCAUUCAAUCAAGCUGCAUCCCUGUGGGCGAUUUUUAAACCCUUUUGAAUUAUGGUACCGGUACUUCACUAUCAAACUAGGGUUUUAAUACAAACUAGUGCCUAUAUUGGUUAUAUACACCAUUACACUUAAUUGUGAUAUACUUGUAUAUAUAUGAAAUGCAUCUUCCUUUUGUGUCUUAAGUUAUUGAACAAAAAUGCAUGUGAUGCGUGCAAAGUCAACAUUUGUUGCAACUUGCAAAUGCUGUAGAUUCCUUACUUUAUGUGAUUACCAUAUUCUGCGAUUCCUCCGUUUGGCAUUAAGUUGCAAGAACUUAAAAUCUUGAGCACCAAACUUUCAAAGAAUAUAUGCAACUGGCAGAAAAAUAAAAGUGAAAUUCGACAUAUUUAUUCAUUGUUCAAGAUUAUCAUGCACAUACUACCAUAUAUGUAUCUGUAAAAUGAAAAAUUUUCGUUGAAAAUUGCAGAAUUAUAGAUGAUUGUUUACAUGUAAUCGCCUUCCUCAAUGUUUUUUAGUACUUCGCUUCAUUAUGCUUAAUCCUUUUAAUUCUUUUAUUUAUUGGGGUUUUUUUUCUUUUAAAUUUAUUUUAUAUGUACAUGUAUAUGAUACAAUCAAGCAACCUUUUAUACACAUAUUUAUAUUGAUUAUGACAGAAUUAUUGUUUUCAUGAA